UGGGCGGGUCCCAACAUUAGGAUGGCCAAGACAUCCAGCUUCCAAUGCGCUGAUGGCAACAGAUAAGUAAAAAGUGAGCUCCUCGGACGCACGACAACACACCAAGUGAAGUGGAAAGCGGCUCCUGUUCUGCUCCUUAUCCCAGUUCGGACGCAGCGUCGAGGAAGGAGCGGCUCCGGACCGGAGGGAAGAAGAAGAAGAAGAAGACUGUCUCGCCUCUGGCUUAUGCGUUAAGUUUGACUUAACGUUUAUUUUUGUAUUAUCUUUUUUUUUUUUGACCCUUUAUGCCACCGCAAACGUAUCUUACCUUGUAGUGUUUAUAGGUGGAAAGAAAGCGGGUUCUUUUUGUGCCAUCUCGAAGACGAAAUUGAACUAAUGACGGCAGAGAUCCAGCAGCCCCCAGCACAGACUCCUGCUCAGAGCAGCCCGAUGUCUGCUCCGGAGAAGCCGCACGGACAGACGGCGGCGAUGGAAACCGCCUCCUCCACCACGAAAACCAAGAAGACGAACGCGGGGAUCCGUCGACCAGAGAAGCCCCCAUAUUCCUACAUAGCUUUAAUAGUCAUGGCGAUCCAGAGUUCUCCGACCAAGCGGCUGACGCUCAGUGAAAUAUACCAGUUCCUGCAGAGCCGCUUCCCGUUCUUCAGAGGCUCGUACCAGGGAUGGAAGAACUCCGUGCGUCACAACUUGUCCCUGAACGAGUGCUUCAUCAAGUUGCCCAAAGGCCUCGGCCGGCCGGGGAAGGGCCACUACUGGACUAUCGACCCGGCUAGUGAGUUCAUGUUCGAGGAGGGCUCCUUCAGAAGGAGGCCCCGGGGCUUCAGACGCAAGUGCCAGGCGCUGAAGCCCAUGUACAGCAUGAUGAACGGCCUGGGAUUCAACCACAUCCCCGACUCCUACAACUUCCAGGGCAGCGGCGGGGGCCUGUCCUGUCCGCCGAACAGCUUGUCCCUGGACAGCGGCAUCGGGAUGAUGAAUGGACACUUGGCGGGCAACAUGGAGGGGAUGGGUCUGUCUGGACACUCCAUGUCCCACUUGUCGGCCAACGGUGGACAUUCCUACAUGGGAAGUUGUACAGGAUCCGCUGGGAACGACUAUUCCCACCACGACAAUUCCGCCUCCCCUCUGCUCGCCAGCGGGGGAGUCAUGGAGCCUCACCCCGUCUACUCGAGCUCGGCCUCGGCCUGGGCUCCGGCCCCCACGGGCUCACUGAAUAACGGGGCCUCUUACAUAAAGCAGCAGCCCCUGUCUCCUUGUAACCCCGGAGCGAACCCGCUGCAGCCCAGCUUGCCCACACAUUCUCUAGACCAGCCGUACCUGCACCAGAACGGCCACAGCACCACAGACUUACAAGGUAUCCCUCGGUACCACUCCCAGUCUCCGAGCAUGUGCGACCGAAAGGAGUUCGUGUUCUCGUUCAACGCCAUGGCGUCCUCCGCGAUGCACUCGCCGAGCAGCGGCUCCUACUACCACCACCAGCAGGUCUCCUACCAGGACAUCAAGCCCUGCGUCAUGUGAGGCCUCCGCGGGCCAGGGAGCAGAGCCGGAGGGGCCACGGGGCCACGGACCGGGGCCACGCGGCCCAGCGAACUGAAGCGAGAACAAAACGAGUAAAUAACCACUGAUGGACACGGAGCCCCACGGCCCCGGGCCUGGAGGGGCCUCACCGGACCGUGGCGACAAGGAGACACGGAGACAAGGGCCAGUCACAAAGCAACCACAUGAUAAUAAUAAUAUAUAAUAAUAAAAACCUUCAUUUUUUCAUGCCAUCAACAUCGACCAGCGGGGUAAAGACUGGGCGUCAUGCAACCCUGCUGCUGUUUGGUACUUAGUCCUGCAGAGCGGAUGACUAUAGCCACCACUUCACACCUUCAUGUUUAUUCUUCUCUUAGGCCAAUGUAACAAAAAAAAAAAAUGCACACUCUUUUUCUCUGUCUAAAGUUUUUACUUUACUUCUCUUUGACAAAUUAGACUGAGGCUCUUUUUUUCUCUUUUUUUUUGGACGUACAUACCAGCGUUGAAUUUUGAAGUGAACCCUUAUGGACAUUACACAUAUUACUGUAGGUCCAUAUGUACUGUGUAAAAAACGAUGAAGGCACUUUUUGAAUAGCCUAUAAGCGCAACUUUUUAUUUAUUCUGUGGGCCUACAUAUUUUAAUUUCAGGCGAAUUGGCCAAGGAGGUAUAUUCUUUAUUGGCAAUAUUUGUCAGAACGCUUAUUAUUUGUUUUAAAAUGAAAAUUGAGGAUAUAUUGUAAGCACUGUUAUGUCGUUUGUGUUAGAUAUAUGUGUAGACCAUUACUUUCGGCACUGUAUAUAUUAUUAUAUGUUGUUAGGAAAAUUAGCGAGGGUCCAUCAGUGAGGGCUAAUCUCUUUAGGCUAUAUUACAACAAGUCAUUUGUAAGAAAUAAAAUAUAUCUGUUGGGCAAUUUGAGCCUACACACACAAA